AUGGCUGGUGCCGAUUCUGCCAUUCUUUCCCCUCAUCUCCCGCGCUCAGUGCUCACAGAGGCGGUGAACGCCUUCGUGGAUGCUGUGGAGGCUGGUUUCACAUGCCGUGAAAGGGACUUCAAAGCCGCACUGCGGGACUCCGUGGUCAUCCUCGAGCUUUCGCCGGGUGAUGCUGCUGAGGAGGCCAUGGUGCUGAACUGCAAACGGGCUACUUGCAGUCCUAGUUUCAUGGGCCCAAGUCCAAAGGGAAAGAGUUCGCUCCAUGAGUAUCUCGAUCCAUUGACGUUUUGCACCUCAGACCCGAGCACGCCCUUACCUAUCUUCUGCAAGAAUUCCGUGCAGAUGGCGCUCACUGCAGCUGCGGAGCUGGGUGCAGACGCUGAUGAGCUCCUAGAGGUCAUCCGCCGCGGUGGCAUUUUGGACCGUUGCUCCCCACUGUCGCUGCGGGUUGUAGAGCAGUGGGUGGAGGAUGUUGCGAAGGUUGCGGAGGCCCGUACAAACCUGCGACAUCGGCAGUCUGAAGGCGCUGUCGACAACGCUCCACAGCAAGAGGCCGAGCAGGCGCUGGCUCCUUCCGGGGAGCGCAGCAUCAAAUCCUUGAGCGGCUCCGAGGUCACGGACGUCUACCAUCGUGGCUUCGUGGCGUGGGCCGGCUUUCCUCGAGCAGAAGAGAUGCGGGAGCCCCUGUUCUUCCAUGAGUGGGCCUUGUGGCUUGGCAACCAGCUCUCCAUUCUGAACUGGCGCCUGCUGGCCAGACGGAAGGGGGUGCAAUUGGAAGACAGCACGGCGAUGUCACCUCGAUCGCAGCAAAGGGCUGCGGUCGAGGCCCUGGUCGCUGCCUUCGAAUCUGCCGGGCGGCCGGCAGUGGAGGCACCGGAAGCGCUCGGGCGGCCAGUGCUUUGCGACGCGGAGGCCGUGCUGCAGCAGGUGAGCCGAGUUGUUCCGGGCCUGAGAAGCCGUUAA